GUCUUAUAAAUAGCACUAAGCUCAUCUGUGUUGAAGCAAGAGGAUAUUUUAGGUCUUCUCCAACAUGUAAAUUCAACAGACUGGAGUUUUCAGCAAAUAUCUUAAAAAAAUGUCGAAUUUUGAGCAGCUUCACUUCGACUUUUACCAGUCCAAUUACACCAUAGAUGAUCAGGAGGAAGGCUGCAACAGCUAUGGGUCUAACGAAAACUUCUCUGGAAGCAUAAAGAGCCAAACAGGAGAGCAACCUCCAGCUGGAGCUUUUGCCCCAUCGGACAUGCUUCUGUCCUCUAAGAGUUACACAGGUCAGAUUUUGCAGCCAACGUACAGUCCUGAUACUCUCUCUCAUCUUGGUUAUGCUGAUGGAUUUGACGAGGAACCUCCUUUGCUAGAAGAACUUGGGAUCAAUUUUGAGCAUAUAUGGCAAAAAACAUUAACAGUUCUAAAUCCAAUGAAGCCUGCAGAUGGCAGCAUUAUGAAUGAGACAGACCUCACCGGACCUAUCAUUUUCUGUUUGGCCCUUGGAGCAACAUUGCUGAUGGCAGGAAAAGUUCAUUUUGGCUAUGUGUAUGGCAUGAGUGCCAUUGGGUGCCUUGUUAUGCAUGCCCUGCUGAACCUGAUGAGUGACUUGGGAGUCUCACAUGGCUGUGUUGCAAGUGUCUUGGGCUAUUGUCUGCUGCCCAUGCUGAUCCUGUCGUCUUCUGCAGUUAUCUUCUCACUACAGGGGAUCCCAGGAAUUUUGUUAGCUCUGUUUAUUAUUGGAUGGUGCAGUCUGUCAGCCUCCAAAAUUUUUACCUCUGCACUGGCUAUGGAAGGACAGCAGCUACUGAUUGCAUACCCGUGUGCUUUACUUUAUGGACUUUUUGCACUUCUAACGGUUUUCUGAGAUGUAUUUUCUGGUAGUCUUAUUAAAGUCUGUUCAUGGUUGUAGGAGGGGGAAGGGGUUAUUUAUUAGAUUCAAGUUAUUUUUAGUUUGUCUAGAGUUGCAUUAAGUUCCAUUAACAAAAUUAGAUUCUGUGACUUACUGAUUUUUUCCUAAUGGCUUAUAAUGAAAUAAAAAAUCAAGUUAACAGGUAGAUGGCCUCAAUAAUAGUAUUUUAACAGUCUUACAGCUUAAGGAAAAAAAAAUGUAUUGAGAAGGAAGUAAAAAUGAAAAAAUAUGAAAUAAAUUAUAAUUAAAUGAAAAAUUCUAAGUGUUUAUAAUAUAAUACAUGUGCUAGAGAGUAACUGAAAUGCAAUUAUGUAAAUAUUUAAUGGCCAUAGUAAAUCAAGCAAAAAUGUGUAUUUAUUUGUUUCAAAAAAAGCAGCUUGCCAUCUUAUAUAAUUAUUAAUUAAUAUCCAGAAUUUACAUGUGUGGGUUUGGGGUUUUUUAUAACAGAAGAUUGAGUGGCCAUGCUUUGUGAUAUUGAAGAGUUGCCCAAGAACAAGUUGAUACAACAGAGGGAGGAAACUGGGAAUGUCAUGUUGUUGUUGUUUUGUUGGUUUUUUUUUAAGAGGUGUUGCUGUCCAAAACAUCAUUGUACUGUUUGUAAUGCACAGUAAUGUUAUAUUUUAAAAUGGCCACUAAACCACUGCCUGCUGUAACUGCAGAAAAGCACCACGCAAAGUACAGACAACUCCUAAAAAGUCUCUGAAAGGCAGAACUGUAUUUGAGCAAGGAAAGUACAAACCUCCAUAAUUUUAUCUGCCCCCCAAAAAUCUAUUUAGUUUUACAGAAACCAAACAUUUUGAUAAUGACAAUGAAGCACAGAAUGCACAAGAGGAAGUUUCAAAAUAUAAUAUUAGAAGUAUCAAGCCAUCAAGAGGAAUUGGAGAUUUGUGUGCAGUCACAACAAGAACAAAAUCAACUACGCAGUAGUAGAGAAAAUGAAGGUAGAUGUAGACAGAGAUAGGAAAAACAAAUAGUUGAAAUAAAUGGAAAUGUGAAGGCAAUAACUGGCAGCAGAUUAUUUCGUUAGCGUUUAAGGGUGUCUUUCUUCUUGAUGUAUAUUUCUAUGAUCUUGAUUAUCCUCCAAUUUAUAGAUUAUUUUAAAUGCUUUGGUGAAUUGCUUUCAAAAUAUUUCUUUCUCUAGACAGAGGACCAGUGAUUCUGAGACAGAGUGUUCUGAUACUGCAAGCACUUAUGCAGAAGUUUAGUAUGGCAAAACUGCUCAAGAAUACCUAAAAUUAAUUGUGUUCCUAAUCCUUUUCAGGUCAGAGCUAAAUUACAUGAUCUGUUUGUCCUCAAGCUAGUGAUUCUGUUUCUGAAUUGAAAGAGCCUCUGGUAAAAAUAUUUCCCAUUGCUGUCAUAUUUGGUUUUUUUAAGAACUCUGAAGCAAACCAUUCUGGAAUUCAUUUUAUCCAACUCCAAUGGAACUAGUUCAGUGUACAGGUCAUGAGAAGUAAACAAAAGAUAAUGUAUACUCAUCCGAUUUCUUAAAAAAUCACUACUUAUUUAUGGAAAAAAUGCUGCAUUUAUCCAUUUCUUUGCUGCAAGGCUACAAAAACAGGAGCAGAGAGGCAAAGUUGGAGGUAUGACCCUUAAGCAAAUUGUGGCUAUAACUAGGCAGGAUCUAGUUGCAUGUAAGUGGGAAGUGCGUGAACUUGGAAGAUCAGCAUUUAUGAGCGUGACAGAUUUGGCCCUGCUGUAUCAGGGAUUAAAUUUGCCAGUAAUGAGGCACAGAUAAACAUAUAAAGUGACUCCAGGGUAUGGAUAUAAAAAUCAGAUGGUUUGAUUUACCAUACACUAAUGGCAUUCUGAUGUCUCAAUGGGGAAAGAUUUGUAUGGUUGCACUUGUUGUAGAGUUCAGAAAAGAUGGUUUAGAAAUGUUUAGAUCCAUUUUUGUCCUACAUUUCCUAUUAUCAUUCAUACUGACUAAAACAAGUAUAAAAUGGCUCGAUUCUGCAGCACUUCAUUCUCAUCCUGAUCUGCAUGAUAUGAAUGGCAGGGAAAACAGUGAAUUAAGCCACUAAUUUGUCUUUUGACUUGUCAUAGACAAGACAAAUUACUUAUGGGGAAAAUGAGCACCUUGAAAUUUUGCCACAACAUUUACAAAGCAAAUGGUAACCUAAUUAUAGUUUUAUAUUUAUUCUCUCAGAAUUUGUAACUUUUCUCUUUUCUUCACCGAGACAUGUCUUCAUCAUUUUGAAUGCUAACUUCUUAACUCUGGUAACUUCCCUUGCUUUACUUUGUUUAGCUGUGCUGAUUUCCUUUGACCUGUUCCCAAGGGAUUUCCAGUGAGUGGUACAUACUGGUGCUGUGCUCCCAGUAUUGUGUGUUGCAGGGGUCUCUAUGCUGACUGAUAGGGUUUACCUCUCUUAGGUGUCCUUCUACUUCUUUGAAAUAAGAUUCCUCAUUUUUCCUAGCUCUUCUUUCUGAAGGUUAGCACAGCCAUGGUGAUGCUUUUGGCCCUGUUAUUCCUGUGUGUGCUUCCUGAAUCUAAAAAUAUUAUGGCCACUAUCACAAACUGGUACUUCAUCAAAAAUAAAGGUUUAAACAGAUCUUAGAUCAAAAUAAUAUUUGCUAAUAAACUCUUGUUCUGACUCUCUGGACAAGCUUUCCCAACA